UGACCCACCCUAAUCGUCUGGCCCUGCCCUUUCCCUUUCUUCCACCUCCGGUCCUCCCUCGCCUCCUUCCAAGAACCCUCCGCCAUCCCCAUCAAUCUCCAAACUCCCACGACCCCCUCGCCCUUCGAUCCCUUCUAUAUGACUUCUUCCCGGCCUUCUCCUUGGUCGUCAUGACGCUAUGAGACCCGGUCCACUCCCCAUGGCGCGGCCGAGCCAGAACGGCCAACACAUCCCCAAAUCCACCCACACCCACACCCGCCGCCGCCCCGACCUCACCCUUCCCCUCCCGCAGCGCGAUCUCAGGUCCCUUGCCGUCCCCCUUCCCCUCCCUCCUCCCUCCGCCCCCUCCUCCUUCUCCGUCCCCGGCGGCCCCAAGCCUCCCACAGCCACCUCCGCUUCCGCCCAGACCCCGGCGCUCUCCGACCUCGAGCGCGUCCGACGCAUCGGCAGCGGCAGCGGUGGCACCGUCUGGAUGGUCCGCCACCGGCCCACCGACCGGAUCUACGCCCUCAAGGUGAUCUGCGGCAACCAUGAGGACGCCGUCCGCCGCCAGAUCUGGCGCGAGAUCGAGAUCCUUCGGACCGCCGACAACCCCUACGUGGUCCAGUGCCAUGGGUUCUACGACCGGGCCGGCGAGAUCGAGAUCCUCCUCGAGUACAUGGACGGCGGCUCCCUCGACGGCCGCCGCAUCGCCUCCGAGCCCGUCCUUGCCGACAUCGCCCGCCAGGUCCUCUCCGGCCUCGCCUACCUCCACCGCAGCCGGAUCGUCCACCGCGACAUCAAGCCCUCCAAUCUCCUCAUCAACGCCUCGCGCCAGGUUAAGAUCGCCGACUUCGGGGUCGGCCGGAUCCUGCCUCGGACUAUGGACCCGUGCAACUCCUCGGUGGGGACGAUCGCCUACAUGAGCCCCGAGCGGAUCAACACCGAUCUCAACGAGGGGGUCUACAACGCUUACUCCGGCGAUAUCUGGAGCUUUGGCCUCAGUAUGCUCGAGUUCUAUCUGGGCCGGUUCCCGUUCGGGGAGCGCCUCGGGCGGCAGGCCGGCGACUGGGCCAGUCUCAUGUGCGCCAUCUGCUACUCCAAGCCGCCGGAGGCGCCGCCCACCGCCUCGCCGGAGUUCCGGAGCUUCAUCGCCUGCUGCCUCCAGAUGGAGCCCCAACGCCGGCUCUCCGCCGCCGAGCUCCUCCGCCACCCCUUCAUCACACGGACUCAGGCCCCCGCCGCGAUCACCGUCUCCGCCUGCGGAGUGCGGACAAGGAAAGAUGGAGGGUGGGCAGUGGAAAGUGCUUUUCUUGGAAACAAAUCUCCUCCUUAAUUAUUUUCCGAGGUUUUCUACAUGGGAACCGAGAUCAAAAUGCGACGGUGGUGGUAGCACAGAGCUUUAGCGUGAGAGGAGCAGAUGUAAGUGGUAAUGUAGGUAUAAUGAAAUGGCUCAUGUUGUAACUUCUUAUCUGUUGUUAUAUGGAAAAUUGAAACAGAUUCAUUGUACCAAAAAGAAAGUUGCUUUCUUAAACCAGUUAAACCAUGGGUGUACGCAAAAAUUUUUUUUUUUUUGGUAAAGAAAAAGCAUAGCUAUAUCAGCAAGCGGUCGGGACUAAAAUUGAGUCUCUCUGUGUGUGUUAAAUCAGAAAAGUCAAAGAAUUUCAGAGGGAUCGAGAUUUUUAAGAUUUCA